CCUUUCACUUGUCACGUGGUUUAAAAACUUCAGCAGGAUGGCGCGGAAAGUUGUCACAGCACCACACAGUGCAGCUCUCAGGCUUUAAGCUUUGUUUACACUUUCUCCUGCUCAUACAAACAUUAAUUAUCAGUCAUGAGUGUGUUGGAGGUGAAGUUUAUUGGGGAUGGAGAUGCUCUGGAGCACAUCGUGGACAAACAGGAGGGUGUGCAGAGUCAUGGUGGAGCUGUUCAGAAGAUGGUGAAGUUUAAGAGCCCUGCAGGAAGACGGGUCAGGGAGGAUGAAGAACAUGAAGGAGAUGAAAACGGUCUCCUCGAUGAGCGGAAUUACAUCCAUGCUCUGGGAACAGACAAUGCAGAGGAAGAUGAGGAGGGUUUGUCCAGAGUGGCUGGAUCGUCCAUUUUCACCUUUCAGAAAGCCAAACGAGGACACAGCAUGGCCCAGACUGCAAGCGAGUUGGCUCGUACACCUGCCAAAAGUGUUACCUUCAGCGGGACCCCCAACACUGAGCCCUGCACUCCCACGCGGACGGGCCGCAACACCAGAGGGGGAAGCAGGACGCCACAGAGGAGCAAGAAGGUUCAGUUUGUCUCCACCACUCCCCACAGGCUGAGGAAGAGGAUGCAGACUCCGAGCUUACGAUCAGACAGCGAUAGUGAGCUGUCUCCCUCUGACUCUGGAGAGGACGAGGAAGAGGAGGAUGGGAUGGAGGAGGAGAAGAGCAUAAAGAAAGAGGACAAGGAGAACUUGAAGACCCCAGUAAAGAGCAGUAAAAGUUCAUCUGCAGCUCUCUACAAGACUCCUGCCAAGAAGAGUAAAGCUGCAGCUCCAAACCAGCCCAGUAUGGUGGAGGAGUAUUUUGAAGCUCAUGGCAGCUCCAAGGUUCUGACGUCAGACCGCACACUGGAGCGUUUACACACGCCUAAACUGGACAGGGAGAUGCUGGUCCAGCUCUUAGAAGGAAAGCCAUCCUGCUACUCAAAAGAGAUCCAGCAACUCCACCACAAACACAAACAGCACUUUAACAAAUGGAUGUUACAGUUACAGUUGGGAUUUAGCGUGAUUGUCUACGGUUUGGGCAGCAAAAAGUGUCUGCUCGAGGACUUCCGUGCAUCUCACCUGGCUCAAGAAAUCCACCUCGUGGUCAACGGAUUCUUCCCUUCUAUCACUCUGAAAGCAAUCCUAAACGCUCUGGCUUGUGAGGUUCUGGAGCACCAGGGAAGUUUCCGGACACCCUCAGAUCAGAUCCAGUACAUCACUCAGACUCUUAAAGACAGCCCAGAUCUCCAUGUGUACCUGCUGAUCCAUAACAUUGAUGGACCAAUGCUGCGAGGAGAGAAGACCCAGAGUGCACUUGGUCAUCUGGCCUCCCUCCCCAACCUGCACAUCGUGGCAUCUUUAGACCACAUUAACGCUCCUCUGGUGUGGGACCAGUUCCAGCAGAGUCAGUUUAACUGGCUGUGGUGGGAGUGUGUGACGUUCCAGCACUACGCAGAGGAGACGUCGUAUGAAAACUCUCUCUUGGUGCAGCAGACCGGUGCUCUCGCUCUGUCCUCCCUCACACACGUGCUACGCAGCUUGACACCCAAUGCAAGAGGAAUAUUCAAACUGCUGGUGAACUUUCAGCUGGAAAACAAAGAUAAUCCUUCAUACACAGGUCUCUCAUUCCAAGAUUUCUACCAGCGAUGUCGAGAGGCGUUCUUGGUGAACUCUGACCUCACGCUGAGGACUCAGCUGACUGAGUUCAGAGACCACAAACUGAUACGGACACGCAAGGGUGCAGAUGGAGUGGAGUACUUGCUGGUCGCUGUGGACGCGAGCACUUUGAUGGAUUUCCUGGAGAACGAGGAGUGUGACUGAGAAAAGAAGAGAUGGUUGUGGACUUUGAUCUCUUACACAUCAUGAACUGAUUUAACCAGCUAACUUAGAUUUGGGCUUGAACAGUGACUGAUGUUCAUUAAAAGGCCAAAUGACAUCUGAUCAACACAUGAUAUGAUCCAAGCUGACAGGUUCUGCUCAGAUAAACUUAAAGGCUUGGAGCUUCUUAUUGGUGAAAUGUUUUGACUUGUCAUAAAUGCCCCCCGUAGCACUGUGAUGUUCACUUCCUGUGUUUGGUAUUUCUUGAUACACCUGUAAAAAAUAAAAUUACUUUCAUUUGUUA